AUGGCGCUCCAUCAGUUACUCGCCCAACAGGUUACAACACGGAAUCUUCCUGUCCUUGCAGUUGGAGCUGCUUUUCUCAUUUUCAUCUUUCGAAAGCUUUUCACAAGCAGCCAAAAGUCUGAGGCAAAAGGCUGGAAGCCAAUACCUCGCUACUGGCAAUGGGAUCCAAUAUGGGGUCUCGAUCUGGUAGCGAGUCAGAUCCAUGCCUUGCGAUCAAACCAAUUCUUGGCAUGGCUUGCCAAGCUUCAUGCCAGCAUGCCUCACACCAAGACCUUCAGUAUCAACAUGUUUGGUGUCAAGUGGAUCUACACCUAUGAUCCUGAAGUUUUGAAAGCUGUCUAUGCGACUCACUUCAAGGAGUUUGGUGUUACACCAAUCGGUAAUCUUCGAAGAGGAUUAACUCCUUUCGCUGAUAAGGGCGCAAUCACUACUGAUGGUGAGGAUUGGAAGCACAGUCGCUUCUUGAUCCAGCCCUUCUUUGAUCGUCAGGUGUAUACAAGCACCGACAGAGUAGCUCGACAUACAGACCAAUUCAUCAAACUACUACCUGAUAAUGGUGAAACGGUCGAUCUGCAACCUCUGCUGCAGCGAUGGUUUUUGGACAUUGCCACGGAGUUCAUUUUUGGCGAGUCAACUGAAGCUUUGGUAUACCCUGAGCGUGCCAAGAUUGCCAACACAAUGCUUGACGUUCUCGAUGGUGGUCGUCUCCGCGCUCAGCUCAACAGACUCAUGUUUCUUCGUGAUUGGACUCCAUGGCUGAAGUCAGUCGAAGAGAUCCACGCCUUCGUUACUCCUCCCAUUCAAGAAACCAUCAAGGAGAAGCAUGAGCGUGAAAAGAAGACCAAGGAGGGCGCAACUGACUUGGAGCCUGAGCGAACUGAUCUUCUCUGGACAAUGGUACAAAACCUUGAGGACGUUGAGGAGCUGAGGUCGCAGAUCUGCUUGAUUCUCGUCGCCAAUAUUGACACUACGUCUGUGUUCAUUAGCAACUGCGUCUGGUGGCUUGCUCGUUAUCCUGAUGUCUGGGAUAAGAUCCGCCAGGAGGUGCAUGAAUUGGGCGACAUCCCAAUGAAUUUCUCAGUUCUUCGAAACAUGAAGUAUCUGAACUGCGUCAUGAAUGAGACUCAUCGCAUGAUACCCAACAACGUCUCUCAACUUCGCGGUGCCUUUGAGGAUGUCGUGAUACCAGUAGGCGGUGGUCCAGAUGGCAAAUCACCGACCCUCAUCCGCAAGGGCGAUCUAGUUCUCAUCAACAAGACCGUCAUGUACCGUGAUCCCGAGGCAUGGGGCGAGGACUCAAAUGAAUUCAAGCCUGAGAGGUUCGACGGAUAUCGAGGCUCGUGGGGCUUUUUACCUUUUGGUGGUGGACCAAGACGGUGCCCGGCUCAGAUGAUGGUUCAGACUGAGGCGGCGUAUAUCCUUGCUCACCUUGCUAAGACUUUCAAGCGCAUCGAGCCUCGCGACCCAGAGCCCGAAUUGAGUGCCAGUCUGAAUAGUACUAUCACGAUGGAACUCACUAUCGCACAACCAAUCACGCUGAAAUGCGGGCUCACUUUACCAAAUCGGCUCACCAAAGCCGCUAUGGCCGAAAGAUUGGCUGACAAAGACGGCCUUCCAGGUGGCAAACAAUGUCUCUCAACCUACAGUGAAUGGGCGAAAGGAGGUUGGGGCUUGAUCAUCAGUGGUAAUGUUCACAUCGAUCCCGCUCAUCCCGGUGCACCAGGGGACUUCACAGUGAACCGGGAUGUCCCUAGAGAAAAGACUCUCGCGGCUUGGAAGACUUGGGCCAGUGCUUGUUCACUGAACGGAACUAAACCUAUCGUCCAGAUUAACCAUCCAGGACGGCAAGCACCAUUUGUCAAAAGCCUUGCUCCGAGUCCAAUUCCUCUAGAUCUUGGCAAGGGUCUGUUCCCAUGGCUUGUCAGAUCAUUGGUAUAUGGAACUCCAAAGGAGAUGACACAAGCUGACAUAGAUGAUGUGGUGACGAGAUUUGCUGAAGCAGCGAAGCUAUCAGUGGAAGCGGGCUUUGCGGGAGUAGAAAUCCAUGCUGCACAUGGAUACUUGUUGGCGCAGUUCUUGUCCCCACUUUCGAAUGAGCGAACAGAUGACUAUGGAGGCUCCCCACUAGCACGGGCCAAGAUUGUUGUCGACGUCGUCAAAGCUGUCAGAAAAGCUGUACCAGCUGGAGCUUGUGUAGGCAUAAAGGUCAAUUCAACUGAUCACACAGAUUUGGGCGACUUCAUCACCCAGCUGAAGGCCAUCGUUGAUGCUGGAGUUGACUUUGUAGAGGUCAGUGGAGGGUCCAUCGAAGAUCCCAUGUUCAGCACUGGCCUGCACACAACAAUUAAGGCAAGUACCAAAGCUCGGGAAGCCUUCUUCGUCGACUUUGCAAACGCCAUCAGAUCUGAGCUUCCAGACGUCCCCAUCAUGUUGACAGGUGGCUUUCGGACCCGGCAAGGUAUGGAGGCUGCCGUGAAGGGAGGCAGUUGUGAUCUGGUCGGUUUAGCUAGGCCAUCGGUCAUAGACCCUGCCCUUCCAAAGAAAGUUCUGGACACCAGUAUACCAGAGUAUGGGGCCUUGGCAUAUGCUAAAAGGAUUGAGGCGUGGAGUUGGGCCAAGUAUACUGGAAUCAAGGCCGUUGGUAUGGGGGCUGAAACGAUUUACAAGAAGUUGACGUGCAUCGAACCAUUAAUCCAAGCCCACCAUAACUGA